AUGUCAUCUUGGAAAAAAGCCGCGAAGGCUAACCAAAAAACUCACAAAGAAAGACACCAACCCGAGUCUAGAAAACACUUAGGUCUACUCGAAAAGAAGAAGGAUUACAAGAAGCGCGCUGAUGAUUAUCAUGAAAAGGGUGAAACGCUCAAGCUUUUGCGUAAACGGACGUUGGAUAAAAACCCAGAUGAAUUCUACUUUCACAUGAUUAAUUCUAAGACUAAGGAUGGGGUACAUCAUGAACUGGAGAAAGAAGAUGAGCACACAGUUGAGCAAAUUAAACUUAUGCAAACACAGGAUAUUAAGUAUGUAAAUAUGAAACGUACCAUGGAAAGUCGGCGUAUAGAAAAACUGCAGGCGCAGCUCCAUAUGACUGAUGUGGCAGAUGCGACACCAAAUACACACAUCUUCUUUGUGGACGAGGGUGAAGAGAAGAACUUUGAUAUAGCAAAGCGACUGGACACACACCCAUCGCUUAUAAACAGAAAGUCCAACAGGCCAAGGUUAUCGGAUUUAAACAAAAUAUCUCUACCAACAGUUGAUGAACAGGUCGUUAAGGAGUCCAGGAAAAUGAAACAGAAGACAUACAAAGAGCUCUCGAAGAGGAUCGAGCGCGAGAAGCAGCUGACCGUUGUCCAGCAGAAGAUGGAGCUUAAGAGGCACCUCCACGACGCCAAGAUCAUGAAGCCCAAACGUGUACAGCGGGCGACGAAGGUAUCGGCGCCAGUCUACAAGUUCCAGUACAUGAGGAAGAAA